AUGAGCAUCCUCAAUAUGAUCACCAACUAUGCUGGUAGCCAACUUUUGCCCUUCUACAUCGCCAUAUUCGUCUUCACUUUAGUCCCAUGGGCAAUCCGCUUCUCUUGGCUAGAAUUGCGCAAGGGUUCAGUGGUGCCACUUGCGAACCCGCCCGACUCACUGUUCGGCACCGGUAAAACCAGGAGGAGUUUCGUCAGGCUUAGCAGAGAGAUUCUCGCCAAAGCGAGGAGCUUGUUCCCUAAUGAGCCAUUUCGCUUGAUUACGGACUGGGGUGAGGUUCUCAUUCUCCCUCCGGACUUUGCAGAUGAGAUUCGAAAUGACCCUAGAUUGAGCUUCUCCAAGGCGGCGAUGCAGGAUAAUCAUGCUGGAAUACCUGGAUUCGAGACUGUUGCCCUGGUCGGUCGUGAAGACCAGCUCAUACAGAAGGUUGCCCGAAAGCAGUUGACCAAGCAUCUUUCCGCUGUCAUAGAACCUCUGUCUAAAGAGUCGACCCUCGCAGUGUCGCUCAACUUUGGGGAGACAACAGAAUGGCGAGCGAUACGCCUCAAGCCAGCAAUUCUAGACAUCAUCGCCCGCAUCUCAUCCAGAAUCUACCUCGGCGACCAACUAUGCCGCAACGAAGCUUGGCUGAAGAUCACAAAGACAUACACCACCAACUUCUACACUGCGUCCACCAACCUCCGAAUGUUUCCUCGAUCGAUCCGUCCUCUCGCCCAUUGGUUCCUCCCCGAGUGCAGAAAGCUUCGUCAGGAGCGCAAGGAUGCAAUCGGUAUCAUUACGCCCCUGAUUGAGCGCCGUCGUGAGCUUCGACGAGCUGCACUCGCGGCUGGCCAGCCUCUGCCUGUGUUCCACGACGCCAUUGACUGGUCGGAACAGGAGGCAGAAGCUGCAGGCACAGGGGCCUCGUUUGACCCGGUGAUCUUCCAGCUUACGCUCUCCCUUCUGGCCAUUCAUACCACGUAUGACCUCCUCCAGCAAACGAUGAUUGACCUUGGUCGUCACCCAGAGUAUAUCGAGCCUCUUAGACAGGAAGUUGUUCAACUUCUGCGUGAAGAGGGAUGGAAGAAGACAACGCUUUUCAAGAUGAAACUCCUUGACAGUGCCAUCAAGGAAUCUCAGCGUAUGAAGCCUGGUAGCAUAGUUACCAUGCGUCGCUACGUAACCGAAGACAUCACGCUCUCCAGCGGUCUGACCCUCAAAAAGGGGACACGCCUCAACGUCGACAACAGACGCCUCGAUGAUCCCAAGAUCUACGAAAACCCCGAUGUCUACAACCCCUACCGUUUCUACGACAUGCGCUCUGAAGCCGGUAAAGACCAUGGGGCACAGCUCGUAUCAACUGGCUCAAACCAUAUGGGCUUCGGCCAUGGCCAACACUCCUGCCCGGGGCGCUUCUUUGCUGCAAAUGAGAUCAAAGUAGCGCUUUGCCACAUCUUGGUCAAGUAUGAUUGGAAGUUGUGCCCUGACACAGAGACUAAGCCUGAUACAAGGGGGAUGAUUGCCAAGUCUAGCCCAGUCACGGAUAUAUUGAUCAAGCGCCGGGAGUCGGUUGAGUUGGAUUUGGAAGCAAUUUGA